AUGAGGACUUGCCUGCCCACCUGUGCUCUCUCGGCCGACCAGGGCCACCGCAACUGUCGGUGUCGCCAGAGGCCAGGAGCCGCACCAAGGCUGGCCCGCGCCCGGAUCCCAAGCUGGGCAGGUGAUGUGUGGGGCGAGCAGCUGAGGGCCCAUGUUUCCUUCAGCGACUCUCAGGAGAGACCCAAACUCUCUUGGGCCUUUGUGGUUGCCGCCCGAUUAGGGCCUUGGGCCAGAGGCAGCUCGCACUCCGUUUUCAGCGCCACUCGUGUCGGGGUGGGGGCGGGGGCUUGUUCGGAUCGGGCUCGCCGCCUGCUCCUAGGAGGACGCGGUUGGUUCUACGUGGGUGAGGCAUGUGUCCGCGCCCGCAUCCGGCAGGCGCCCGGGACAGGCACUGUCGCCGCAGCCGAGCGGGGUCCUGCACCGCAGCGCCAGGCCAGCCCACAGUGGCUGGCGGAAUGGGCUCCUGGCGACGCGACGCUCAACCGCCCGGGCUGGCGGGAGGCGGGCGAGCGCCCCGUGGCUGCGGGCGGUGGCACCAGUGGAAGGGCCUGUGGCAACCCCCGGCACUGGAGACGCGCGACGCGGGGCGGCCCAGGCCGGAACCGAGCGAUCGGGAGCAGCCAGGGGGCCAGAGCGCCCCUGAAAGGCGAUCGGGCUGCGGCACUAGGGCCGCUGUGUGGGCCCGGCGCGCGUGAGGCGCGGGGCCGGUCGUCCGUGGCGCCCAGGGGAGGGCGGAGCUUGGGGCGAGCGAGCGAGCGAGGCGCCCGGGAGGGCCUGGUGGGCCGAGGCGGCGCCGAGAGUCGCGGUCAGCGUCUCCGGGGAGGCUCGGCCGUGCUGCGUUGGUGGUAUAGUGGCCCUGGGUUCUACCGGGGCCGCCCGGCUCCCCGCGUCCGGGCCCAACCCUGCUCCGCCUUUUGGUCUCGCUCGUCCGUGCACGAAGCGGAAAGGACCCGGAGAGACGCCGGGAAGCCGAGGAGGGCGGAGCCAGGAAGGCGCAGGUUGCGAGAACACGAGCGCAAGUCCUUAAACAAGACACACGGACGGCGGCGAGCCCGGGUGCGGAACCGGGAAGGGCGCCCGCAGCCAGGAAACGGCUGCGCGCCCGCAGGGCGGCAGGAAGUGAAACUGCAAGCGGUUUGGGGAAGCCAGACUCGGGGCCGCGACCGCGCGCGCGCGCGUCUGCUGCUCUCCGCCGCGCGGAUCGUCUCCGCCCGCGCCGGCCCCCCGCAGGUGGCCGCCGCCUCCGGGAAGUCCGCACCUGACUCCAAGUCUCCUCCUCGGGCGACGACGGGACCCGCCGGAGUUCACCUCGGAAACGCCGCUGGACUCGGGCCCGGUCCGGGGUGGACGUGGAAGACCGGAAUGCUUCGGAAUGUGCGCCCCCGUGGCCUGGGGCUGCUUCCCCUGCGGGCAGCGUGGGCUUUGCUGCUGCUGGCUGCUGCAGACGGGGGAGCUGCAGGUCCCCCGAAGGCCGUGGUGCGCCUGGAGCCCCCCUGGUUCAACGUGCUCCGGGGGGACGAGGUGACCCUGCACUGCCAGGGGCCCCACGGCCCCGGGGACGGCCCCACCCAGUGGUCCAGGGACGGGGCCCCCAUCCCGGCCCAGGUCCAGCCCCGCUUCAGCUUCAGAGCCAGCCUCAGCGACGGUGGGGACUACAGGUGCCAGACGGGCCAGACCGGCCUCAGCGACCCCGUGCGCCUCAACGUCACUUCCGACUGGCUGCUGCUGCAGACCCCACGCCUGCUGCUGCAGGAGGGCGACCCCCUCAUGCUGAGGUGCCACAACUGGCAGAACCGGCCUCUGUUCAAGAUCCAGUUCCUCCAGGACAACGUCUCCAGGUCAUACUCCCCUGCCAAUUCCAGCUUCUUCAUCCCACACGCUGACGCCAGUCACAGUGGCAUGUACCACUGCUCCGGAUUCAUCAGGGGCAUGAAGCUCGUGUCCCACCCUGUGAGCAUCACUGUGCAAGGUCCGGCAUCUCCAGCCGUCACCGAGUCGUCUCUGCCGUGGCCCCAGAUUGCGUUCUGCCUGGUGAUGGGACUCCUGUUUGCAGUGGACACCGGGCUGUAUUUCUCUGUGUGGAAAGACCUUCGAAGCUGGAUGGGCGACAUGAAGGAUGACAAGGUCACAUGGAGCAAGAGCCUCGGGGACAAAUGACCCCGCACCCUGAGGCAUCACGGCGGCGGCACCUCUUCCAGCCAGACCUCUCCCCCUCGCCAGCCCCUCCUGGACAGCGGCCUGGGCCCGGCCCGUUGCACAGGAAGGGCCUGUGGGCUGCAGAGCCCACCGCUCCGGGCUGGCCGUCGCGGACUGCCCGAAGGCCCAGGCUCGGCCGCAGCCAUCCAGCCCUACCAGGAUGACAGCGACUGUGUUCUCACGGGGCCUAGACUGAAGUUCCUCAAAUGCACAAAGCCCAACGAACCCUGCUUCUACUUUCAAAACAAACCCAGCGAGCUGCCCACUUCUUCGUGCGCCAGCCCCCCGCCAGCCCUCAGCUGCCGGGCCUCUCGCUCGGAGGGCCACAGCAGCCUUCCUCACAGCCUGUUCUCACAGCUGCCAGUGACUGACCUUUAGGAAAUGUGUGUUCAUUGUUCAGCUGUCACUUCUUCGCUCGAAGCCACACAGUAACUUCCUCUUGCACCGAGAAGCUAAAGCCUCUGCGAUGUUCUUGGGUUCCCCCCGAACUUCCUCCUCCCUGCCUCUGGCCUCAGCCGCUGCCGUUCCUCGCCCCCUUCAACACACCAGUCUUACUUCUGCCCAGGGUGUAUGGUGUUCCGUUCCUGGAAUGUUCUUUCUUACAGAUGUCUCACCAUGCCUCAUCAUGGCCUGGACCCAGAUGCCACCUUGCUCGUUCAGUAUGAUUGUACUCCCCUACCAUCUCCCAAUCCCCACUCCUGCCGUGUUUUUCCUCAUGGUAUUUAUCGCCGACGGAUACACCGUACGGUCCCCUAUGUAAUGGUUUAUUGUCCAGCCCUCCUGCCGUCAGAAUCCACUACUGUAUAUACUUACGGUCCGGGGUCAGUGUCUGGCACAUGGUAAAGAACUCAAUAAAUAUUCACAGAAUGAGUAA